AUGCUUCAGGAAGCCCAACAGUCGGAUACUGACUCCCAAGUCGAUAUCCUUCGAGCGGCCGGCAUUGGUAUUGCUGAUGAUGACCCAACCGAGCCAAGCCUCACUCUGCGGAUCUACAACACUUGGAAGAUCUCGCGGUACGCAUUCUUCACCAUCACCUGCUGCAUCUCCUUUUGCUGGUACUGGUUUCCAGACUUUAUCUUUCCAGCUCUGAGUUAUUUCAACUUCCCAUGCUGGAUUAAUCCGACCAGUUCUGUGGUUAAUCCGCUAUUUGGCAUGAAAUCUGGGAUGGGGCUUAUCCCGAUCACGUUUGAUUGGAGCCAAAUGUCUCAUGUUGGGUCACCACUGUUGAUUCCAUCUUGGGCUAUCCUCAAUGUUUCCGUAUCUCUGGUGUUUUGGAUUUGGAUCGUGGCCGUCGCUUGUUAUUAUACGAACGUGUGGAACACGGGCUACCUCCCGUUCCAAAGCUCCAAAGUCUACGACAAUACUAGGGGUAUUUACAAAGUAUCCAAGAUUGUUAACAAGGCUUCUGGGUAUACAUUGGAUCUCCAGAAAUACCUUGCGUGUUCGCCUGUCUACAUGCCAAUCACGUAUGCCUUGAACAUGUUUGGGUUAUCCUUCGCCACACUGAGCACCCUUCUCGUUUGGGUCACCCUGGAACAUCGUCAAUCCAUGCUUGACGCCGCUAGAAGGGUUCCUCAAAUGUUGAUGGAAUCUCUCCCUGGUCGUUCCAAGCCUCAAGGUUAUCACGAGACCGGUGCGCCCGAUGUGCCAAUUUGGUGGUAUCUGGUUGGCUGUGCACUUGCCUUGUUCAUGUCUAUAUUUGCGGUUGAGUACUGGGAUGCUGAGCUUCGCUGGUACGGUGUUCUGCUAGCUUGUGCUGUCGCACUUGUUUCUACCCUCGAAAUUGUCUCAGGUUCUGUCUUCGAGGGUAAAGUUCUGGCCAACAUCUGGUUCUUUGAUAUCGGGUACAUCACCACCAUCAAAGGGUUGUAUUUCGCACAUGAUAUGAAGCUUGCCUAUUAUUGCAAAAUUCCUCAACGGAAACUCUUCCUCGUCCAAUGCGUUGGAACUCUCUCCUCUCUCGGUGUCCUCAACUGGGCUCUCAAUCACAUCAUACUCCCUUCAACACCUCUCUCAUCUGGGGCGCGGUUGGUCCACGCCGCUAUUUCUCAAACCACAUCGGUUACCAUGCCCUCCUAUACUUUUUCAUCAUCGGUGCUAUCCUUCCCUAUUCCUGUCUACUACCUGAGUCGCCGGUACCCCAACUCCCUCUGGAAGCGAGUCCAUAUUCCAUUGUUCCUUGGUGGUUUGAACUAUCUACCUCCUGCGACUGGAAUGAACUAUGGUGGUUGGGCAAUUGUGGGUCUAACCUUUGGUUGGCUUAUCUGA